AUGAUCACAACACACAAGCUCAUCAUCUUCCUCACCACUUUGAUUCUCUCACUCCAUUUCUUCCCUUCUGCUGAGGCAAAGGAAUGCAGUCCUUCAGUCUGCGGUGCUAUUCGCAAUAUAAGCUACCCUUUCCGCCUCAACAACCCCGAAAACUGCGGUGAUCCCAAAUUCGAACUCACCUGUGAAAUCAACGUCACCUUCGUUCAUCUAAACUCUCUCAAAUACUAUGUCAAAGCAAUCGACUAUCAAAAUUCCACCAUCAGGCUGGUUGAUGCUUCCAUAAACAACGAAGACACCUGCUCUUUCCCUAUCCAUUCCUCAUAUGGCUACAACUUCACCACUCAUUCUUCUUACUCCAUCUAUCCAUUCUACUAUUUUGACCCUAGGGAAGAAUUGCUAGUUAACUUGAUCAGCUGCCGCAACCCGUUAAGCAAUUCUUCUCUCUUUACAGAUAUUAAUCAAGAUUGUGCCUCUAAUGUAUCACAUCACAGAUUUAGUUAUGUCUAUGUUGGGCGCAUCUUGGCCUCAGAGCUACCACAUAUGUGUAUGUUAGAUCUAAUAAUCGCGACCACGUGGCCGGAAUGGGAAUUCAUGGAUCUGGAACUGGGUAAUGUUUCACUCUAAAAAAUCCAUCGAUUUCUCUUGUAUGGGGCUGAACUCAACUUCUAUUACGGUCAACAAUCAAUAUGGGGGUAUCUCCUAAUUCCUCUUGCCAUUCUAGUUUUCAUAAUUGCAGGGGUGAGCCUUCCUGUGACAAUCAUCACUGGAAUUACUGGUCUAUUACUAUAUUCAUUCACUGACUUCAUUACAGGAGAGAUAAAAUACUACUACUACUAUCGGAGUUUGGAAUCAGCAACUAAUUACUUUGUAUUAGUUGGUAUGCUCUCUGAAUUCAAGUUGUACUAAAUUCUAAAUUUGCAUAUAAGUCCAUCUGCCCAGCUCUUAAGUCAAUAUUGUUAAUCAUGUCUCCUUAAUUAUGUGUAUAUAUAUAUGCAGUAAUUUUUGUGGCGAGUUGUGUGGCAAUUACAGGUGCGCUCUUCUUAAUUGAUUAUGUAUUAUACCAACACAAUGGAUAAAGAUAAGAUUGCUAACUUUGUCUCCCAAACAAACCCUAGUUUGUUUAACCGCAGCACUAAACCCCCUUCUCAUAAUAAUCAUCGGAGCUGGAGUUGGAUUGCCACUCUACUUUUUACUCACCUACAACCGUAACAAUCUAUAAAUUCAUUUAUCUUUUAAUUACUAGGACAAAAUCAAAUCUAUUAUCGCUCUUAAUUAUACUCGUGUAUUUUUUUUUUAUCAUGUGUGUGGUGUAAUGAAGGUUACUACCUCGUGAUACCUGGUAUGUUGAAUUAACAUUUCAAUAUCAGUUAGUGCAAGUUACUGUUUUAGCAAAAUGUUCCUUUUCCAUUUUAUCACAGCCGUAAACACGGGGCUCAUCAUAUGGGCACCAAGGAUAAUCAUUUGUCCUUUGGUAUUCUGGUUUUUUAUCUACAAUUUCCGAAGAAGGCGCUUGUCCUUAUUUGAGGGAGUAGAAUCAUUCCUACAAGGUGACAAUAAACUCGUACCAAUAAGGUAUUCCUACUCAGACAUAAAGAAGAUGACUAAGAAUUUUGAAGAUAAACUAGGCCAAGGAGGCUUCGGUUCUGUUUAUAAAGGAAAGCUUCGAAGUGGCCAUCUUGUAGCAGUCAAAUUGCUCGGAAAAUCUGCAGCAAAUGGGCAGGACUUCAUCAAUGAAAUAGCAACUAUUGGAAGGAUCCAUCAUGUAAACAUUGUCCAGCUUGUUGUCUAUUGUGCUGAAAGAUCCAAACGUGCCCUCAUUUUUGAUUUUAUGCCAAAUGGUUCGCUUGACAAGUACGUCUUCAACCAAGAAAAAGCGUCUUCAUUGGAUUGGGAUAUGAAAUUUAAGAUUGCCGUUGAAGUGGCUCGAGGGAUUGAGUAUUUACAUCAUGGUUGUGACAUGCAAAUCUUACAUUUUGACAUCAAAGCUCACAAUAUACUUCUUGAUGAUAAGUUUGUGCCAAAAAUAUCAGAUUUUGGGCUGGCAAAAUUAUGCACCGCAAACAAGGAGGCAGUGACAUUGACGGCGGCUAGAGGAACCAUAGUAUAUGUUGCUCCUGAACUUAUCAAUAGAAGUAUUGGCUUAGUGUCUUACAAGGCUGAUGUGUAUAGUUUUGGAAUGUUGUUGAUGGAAAUGGUAAACUUAAACAAAGACUUGACCGGGAAUGAUGAUGAAUCUAGUAAGUAUUUUCCAAACUGGAUUUACGACCACUUGAACCAAGCAGUUAGUGACAUUGACAUUGGAAAUGUUGAUGAAAACGACGAUAGAAACAUUGGUCGUAAGAUGACUAUUGUUGCAUUAUGGUGCAUACAAAUGAAUCCGAACAAUCGUCCAUCAAUGAAUAAGGUGUUGGAGAUGUUAGAAGGUGAUGUCGAACAUCUCCAAACUCCUAAUUGUCCAGCGUAUAUGGCAAGAAAUGAGGAACAAAGUGGGGCUACAUAUUCCAAUAGUUCCUUAUCAUUGUUGCAUGAUGAUAAUUGUAGCAACAUUAUUGAAAUUAUUAGUAAUGCUUGAUAUAUUUCUGUUAUCAUUUAUUUGUACUUGAAACAAGUUCCUCUGGUUGUGUAUUUGUGAUAUGUUCAUAAUCAGAUUGGUUGUGUAUUUGUGAUA